AUGGAAGACGACGAUUUAGCACAAAUCAGAAAAGCUCGACUUGAGCAACUGAAAUCCCAAGGCGGAGGUGGUGGUCGACCAGGCGCGGCAGGUGGCAGCGGAGGACAAGACGAGGGCAGACAGCAGCAAGAAGAAGCGGCUCGUCAAUCUAUCCUGACACAGAUCCUCGAACCCGAAGCUGCAGAUCGUCUAGGUCGCAUUAGACUUGUGAAAGAGUCCAGAGCUGUUGAUGUUGAAAAUCGUUUGAUUAUGUUGGCGAGGUCGGGUCAGUUGAGACAGAAGAUUACGGAAGAACAAUUGAAGGAUUUGUUGAGCAGUGUAUCCGAAGCCCAAGAGAAAGAAGAAAAGAUUGUGGUUACCAGGAGGAAGGGCGCUUGGGAUGAUGAUGAUCUUUUGGAUUUAUAG